AGCAGACAAGCGUGAGACAGGAAGCCAGUUAUAAUGUUGUGUUAUGUUGUAGUUUAUUAUAAAGAGGAUGUCUUGCUUGAAGAGGAUGAUAACAAGUUAAGGAGAAUGAAAACCCAUCUAAAGAUUCUGUCUCUUUUCAUAGUUUUCAGUGGUGUGUUGAUGAAGUCUGGAGAUGUUUUUGAGGGAACAGUGGGUGAAAAGGUGGAGAUCAAAUGUCCAUAUCCAGAUGAUUACAAAUUUACACCCAAGUACCUUUGCCGUCAUCCCUGUGGAUCAGAGCAUGUUUUGAUUAAAAGUGCAAAGAUUGAUCAGGUCGAUCAGAAUGGAAGAUACUCUUUGAUUAAUACUGUGAGUGGAAGGUUCUUUACUGUAACCAUCAAAGAUCUCAGACUCAAAGACUCUGGUGUUUAUUACUGUGGACUUGAUCAAUGGUUCCGUGACACAUUGAAAAAAGUUAAUCUCUCUGUCCGUCAAGCAGCUCCAGUGAACAGACCUUCACACACCCCUGAAAACACAAUUAUAACUACAACUGCAUUUACAUGGACAACAACGCUCACCUCCGCAGUAGUUACAUCCAAUAACUCUACUUCAUAUGAGCAGUUCUCAUCAACCGUCCGGUUAAAUGAAUCAAAAAAUGGAGAAUUUGUUUUCAGCGUGACUGUGGUGUGUGCAGGUGUUCUGGUGCUGCUGGUGUUUGUGGCUUUAGUGUUUCUCUACAGGAAAAGAUCAGAUUCAAAGUCCAGAUGUUUGAACCAUCCUGUCCCUGAAAAUUCAGUUCAGACUGUAGAUGAUGUCUUUCACAUCUACGAUGAAAUGUUGAACGAGUACAGCCUGGAUGCCAGUUCUUCUGUAAUAUAUUCCACCGUGCAGCAAUGUAAUCCUGCACCUCAGGAUGAUUUUUAUUCACUCAUCACACACCACUGAGGAUAAAUGAUUAGAUCAAUCUCAUGCUCUCUAAAAAAAAACUCACACUUGAAACCCCGUUGAUGCGAAGUGAUGCAUGCGGUCAACUUGCUAAAACAGGCAUGACUGCCUGCAAACAUCCUGCUGUGGACAUGUGCGUCAGGUCGUGACAUUGAACUGAACUGCUGUGUUAAAUUAAAAGUGUGAAUUUCCUGUGUAAGUAACAGCAUUAGCUUUUUGGGUUGUAGGGUGAAUUCAGGGUGAUUGGGACACUUUUUGCCAUUGAGAUUAUUGGAAAAAGUGUCCCAAUCAACCUGAAUUCACCCUAUAUGCAAAGUUAGGCUACAUUUUAAAGAUCAUAUUGUUUGUUUAUUUGUUUAACAGACUGCCUGACUGACAGAUCAAAUUUUAUGACUAAUUAUGUAGGAAUCCGUGGUAAAUUCAUAUUUUUUUUCUUACAGUACCUCUGUUCUUAUGUCUUUUUAGACCGAUGGUGUGUAUUAUUAUUGUGAGACUUUCUUUUGCCCCAACUGUAUGUGUCUGUAUAUUAAAGCUAGUUUAUUGUAAAUCUCUAAUUUUUUUCUGAGAAUAAAAAGUUAAACACAGAGCCAAAGAAAAUAAAUAUAGCUAAAAGAAUGGCUUAAUGCUAAA